CACAACUCUCACCCGACGCCUCAAAUGUGCAUAAUCACGAGCGCAGUCUGUUCUUGGUUGGUUAUCUUCACGAAAAGCUCCGAAGCAAAACAAUGAAAGAAAAAGAGCAAUACACGAUUCUUUCGCCUAAACUCGGCGGAGGACCGAUGGGAUUUGGUGAUCCUGAUGACAGAACCUUGAGGAAGGUUGAAAAAGAUGUGAUGAUACCGAAACUGAUAAGAGAAAGAACGAAAGAAGAAAAGUGCGUUGAUGAAAUUAAAGAAUUCCAUCAGUGCUGUCUUAACUCUGGAUUAUUGCAUGUUGUAAAGUGUAGAAAAGAAAAUAACAUAAUGAAAGCGUGUAUGGAAAAGUGGUACUACAAUGAAGAUUUCAUCAAGGAAUGCACAGAACAAUAUUUGAAUGAAAGAAGCGAGUUUAGACAGACUGGGAUUCCCAAAAAGAAACAGAAAAAGAACUACAGAUACGAAUCAAUGUCAAUGUAAAUAUUGAAACAAAAGAUAAAUAGAAAUAAUACUAACAGGAAUUGUUUGUUUUUUUUUGGAUUUUCUGAAUAUUGGUCUGAGAUUGAUUUUCUCACAGAAAAAGUUUAUAGAAUAUCAUGCAAAUUAUGUAAUUUUAAAUAAAAAAUUAAAUCUAAUGUG